GCUCAACAGCGGGCACCGCGUCAUCUGGCAAGACAGUGGGCACCAAUUCACCAGGCACGACAGUGGGCUCGAGUCAAUUGGCACGACAGCGGGCACCGGGUCAUCAGGUACCGGAUUGUCUGGCUCGACAGCGGGCAUCGGGUCACCAGGUAUGACAGCAUGCACUGGGUCACCAGGCAUCAGGUCAUUUGGCUUGCCAGCGGGCACCGCGUCAUCUGGCAAGGUAGUGGGCACCGGGGGUCCACCAGCAUUGGAUCGUCUGGCUUGACAGCGGGCAUCAGGUCACCAGGCAUCAGGUCAUUUGGCUCGCCAGCGGGCACCGCGUCAUCUGGCAAGGCAGUGGGAACCGAGUCACCAGUACGACAGCGGGCUCUGAGUCAAAAUGGGCACGACAGCGGGCACCGGAUCAGGUACCGGAUCAUCUGGAUCAACAGCGGGCAUCGAGUCAACUGG